AAACCAAAAUAAAAGAUGGCGAUUCGUCGGAGCAGUGAGUGAUUUGUUUUGAUCCGGUGGUGCAGAAUAUUGUGCGAAUUUCCCCCUCGGAACGGAUCCCCGCACGCGCAAAAAUUGCGUCGAAGCAUGAACUAGCGCUUACCUGUUUGAGCCGCAGCAACAGCAAGCCGAAAAUGUCCCGCGCCAAGUCACGAAUCCAGGCGGAAAUCUGCGGCGAUUGUGGCAGCUCAGAUCCGUCGUGGGCUUCCGUCAAUCGUGGCAUCCUGUUGUGCGCUGACUGUUGCUCAAUACACCGUAGCCUUGGGCGACACAUCUCCCAGGUGAAGUCCCUGCGCCAAGGAAGCUGGUCUCCGUCGGUGCUGGCAUUCGUCAACCAGCUCAACAGCCACGGUGCCAAUAGCGUUUGGGAGCACCUACUGCUGGACUCGGUAGCACCCAAGAACCUCAAGCGCAAACCAACGGCCAAGGAUCCACUCCACCCGACCAAGGCGGAUUUCAUUCGCGCCAAACACGUGAAUCUGUCGUACGUGUUGAAACCCACUCUGGAUGAUGGCGUGAGUAAUGCGGCAAAUCUGGAAGCGGAACUGAGCAAACAGCUUCAUGCCAGUGUUCGAUCCGGCAAUCUGGAAACCAGCCUUAGAUUGUUGGUACAGGGAGCAGAUCCCAAUUUUUACCACGAAGAGAAAGGUUCCACUCCGUUGCAUGUUGCGGCCCGAUCGGGGCAAUUGUCGCAGAUGGAGUUGUUGCUGGUUUACGGCGCAGAUAUAAACGCCCUCGACUCACAGGGAAAUACUCCGCUCGGUGUGGCCAAGAGCUGCAAGCAGACAGCGAUUGCCGACCGGUUGAUAGAGGCUAUGUACGAAGUGACCGAUCGCUUGAGUUACUUCCUGAUGGGCAAAAAACCGGAUCACUCGUCCGGUCAGCACCUGCUCAUUCCAGACCAAUCGAAGAAGGAAAUCAGCGAACAGCUGAAGAUAGCCCGGGGAAAGCUUCAGUUGAUUCCGAACCGUAUGUUUGAAGAAUUGGUGAUGGACUUGUACGAUGAAGUGGAUCGGCGGGAGACGGAAGCCAUUUGGGCCACUAGUGCUCUGAAUCCGGAGAUCGGUGCCGUGCCGUUUCUUCCAACGAAUCCGCAUCUAAGUGCUACGAGGAAUCAGGGUCGUCAAAAGUUAGCCCGUUUCAGCCAGCAGGAGUUUGCCGGUCUGAUCAGCGACGUGCUGAUCGAUGCUCGCCGCCGGCAGAACAUGGCCAAUUUGCGUCCGAUCGAUUCGCCUCUGCCGUCGACGUUGAUGCAGCUGCGGAGCACGGCCAGGGAGUCCAAUCUCUCGGAUGAUGAGCCCCUGUACGAUGCGGUAGCGUCGGAUGACGAUUACGCCGCUUUGGCACCGGUGGCGCAACAGGCCCUGGUGAACAAAUCACCGCCCAGUGUUGUCUCGAAUGUGGAGGUCGAAACCCUCCGACAGAAACUGCAGGACCAGGAAUCUACCAUUCACGAACUGCGCGAACUGAUUCAGAAGCUGGCCAGCGAAAACAAUCAACUCAAGUCCCAUUUGGACUCGAAGGAGUACGACGUUCAGCUACGAAUCGAUAGUCAUGUGAACGGGUCUUCCAUCGGUACACCGGAGGAAAUGGAACCAGCAUCCGACGGUCGACAGUAUUACAAACGCCCGGUAAGUAUGUACGAAGCAAGGCAGCUACCGCGGGACGAAAACCGUCCUCCGAUUACUCAAAGUCUGUACUCGAUGGCACCGUUGGCUUCGAGCAGCAAUACACCGAACGUCGGAGGUACCAGCAUGAACACCAGUGCCGGUUCGGAUUUGAAUACUUCCGGAGGCGGUAGUCAAGUUCAGUUGCCACUGUUUGACGAGGUCAAGAAUCGAACCGAUUUGGUAGCCAGACGCAUCAAGGAACUGUUCGCAGCGAUGCAGGACCUCGCUAAGACGGAUGCUUUUGUUCCGUGUGCCGAACGAAUACGGUUAGCCGUGGCCGAACUGAUAGCCAUCUUCCCGGCAACGAUGCGCGAGGAAACUCUCCGCAAUGCCCUCAAACAGCUCAACUUCAACACCAACCUUAUUCAUACCGAAUGCACUCGACUGCAGCGAUCAUUCGUCGAGGAAGGCAGCCAUCAAUCGGUGCUGUCCGAUAGUAUCAAGCUGAAUAUGGAACAAGUUCGGAAUUGUGCGUACGAUCUGGCCAUGUCGACCAAGAUAUUGAUCACCCAUUAUCAGCAAACUUGAUAGCAGGGAAAAACAUAUUUCAUAUACCAUGCACCUCCAUCGGUGCCGCGAUAUUUAUGAAGGACCAAUUAACCAUGCGCCUCCAUUUAAUGUGUGCUUCCAAUCCGUUUAUCAGUUCAUGGUUAUACAAACAAGAGACAAUCAAACAAGCUCAAAUGUUUCCAAACACAGACAUUUUAUGCGAAUUACGUACAGUAAUUAUUAUAGCAAAAAUAUAACACAAGUAUUUUACUACGUCACUACUAAUAGUUACAUGGAAUAACAGUUCAUUGCCGAAUGUGCCAAAAUAGCGUUUUUUUUCUACUAGAAAAGUAUUUCAUCCAUAUUCUACCAAGCUAACGAUUCUACUGAUGGGGCGUAUUUGAUCGAACUGAUAUAUAACAUUUUAGAAUAUAUAAUUUAUUUUUUUAAUAAAGAAAACUUGGUAGUGUAAAAACAGACGCACACACUUCGUUCACAUAUACUAACGACAAUCUAAUCAUCCUUCCACUCGGAAGAGACACUGAACCUAUGCAAUAGAUACCUACAGCCAAUAUUCAUCGUGUGCGGUGAGCUACGUUAUCGAAAUGAGUGAGUAUUCAAUAAAAAAAACAUUUUGCAGUUUAGUCCCAGUUCAAAGUAUAAGAAAAUAAAUCAUGUUAUGUAUACAACAAACACACAAUAUAACCUAACAACGUGGUAUUAUCA